CCGUUCCUUCGUUUACCUUCUGUUUUCCUUAUUUUCCGUUUAUAGAUCGCCGAAUUGAGAUCACUAUGAAACAAACAUGUCUGUACGCCUCCCCAUUCGUUUCAUUCAUUCUCAUCACGACGAUUGCCCAUGUCUCCGCGCGGAGUGCAGUUUUGGAGCUCGGGGAUAUCGACUUCGACUACCUUGCAGCGGAGUAUGAGACCAUGCUAGUGAAGUUCUAUGCGCCUUGGUGUGGCCACUGUAAGAAGCUCGCUCCAGACUUUGAGUUGGCUGCCACCCGCCUCAAAGGACAUGUCGCUCUCGCUAAGGUGGACUGUACCUCCAACACACAGACAUGUGGUCGCUUUGGAGUUACAGGGUACCCCACUCUCAAAAUCUUUCGCAACGGCGAGGAGUCCUCGGCCUACGAUGGACCUCGCACUGCAGAUGGCAUUGUGAAGUACAUGAAGAAGAAUGCAGGCCCCAACUCUUACACGCUGCCUACUGAGCAAGCCGUUGAUGCCUUCAUUGACAACUUUGAUGCCAGCGUAGUAGGCUUCUUCUCCGGCCAUGCCAGUGCCCAGCUUGCAGAGUUCCUGAAGGCGGCCGCGGCCAUGAGGGACACCUACCGCUUCGGGCACACCACCGACCUGCAGCUGGGACUCAAACACGGCCUGCAGACCGAGGGUGUGGUGCUGUUCCGGCCGCCGCGUCUCAGCAGCAUGUUUGAGGAGAGCACCGUGAAGUUCACCGACGCCAUCAACUCCGCAUCACUACGACGCUUCAUCAGGGACAACAUAUUUGGGAUGUGUCCUCACAUGACUCCGGAGAAUAAGGAGCGCUUGAGGCAGAGGGACCUCCUGACCGCCUACUAUGACCUGGACUACAGACGCAACCCCAGGGGCUCCAACUACUGGAGAAACAGGGUGAUGAAGGUGGGAUCUCCGUUUUUGUCGGAGGGGUUGACGUUCGCCGUGGCCAAUCGCAAAGACUUCCAGGACGAGCUUGAAGAGGACUUUGGUCUGGGCACGUCGGACGGAGGGGACCUGCCAUUCGUCACGCUACGCACACGGCAGGGACACAAGUACUCCAUGAGGGAGGAGUUCACGAGAGAUGGCAAGUCGUUGGAGAGGUUCCUGCAGGACUAUUUCGCCGGGAGACUGAAGAGAUAUGUCAAGUCUGAACCUGUGCCAUCCACCAACUGGGGGCCUGUUAAGGUGGUCGUGGCCGAUAGCUUUAAUGAGCUGGUGAAUGAUCCAGACAAGGACGUCCUGAUCGAGUUCUACGCCCCCUGGUGCGCACACUGCAAGAAGAUGGAGCCCAAAUACAUAGAGCUGGCCGAACAGCUGGCUAGUGACUCCAACAUUGUGAUUGCGAAAAUGGACGCCACAGCCAAUGACCUGCCACCGGGCUACGAUGUGCCUGGGUAUCCCACCAUCUACCUGGCUGCAAAGGGGAAGAAGGCUGAUCCAAGGCGAUAUGAUGGGCCUCGCGAGGUGAAGGACAUGCUGAAUUUCCUGAAGAAGGAGGCCUCCCACACUCCCUCUCUCCACGGCAAUAAGCAGGAACUGUAGACGCUGUAGACCAGGACCGGAUCAAGAUGGCCUCCGCACAUCGCCUCCGACAGCACUGCGGAGCACUUUCGCUUCCGACA